UAGAGUGCUGUUUUGGCCCUUAUCAGAUAGUAGGCUUCAGCACUAGGAGCUGUCCACACACUCCACAGACACAGCAGCAGUUAUAAUGAGAGAGCCCCUCCUCCCUACAGUACACAAUUACUGAACCAAUGCCCACAUUAACAGACAACCCAUCCAGAUCAUGAACACUGUGUUUAACUGCACCUUCAGUACUUAUCUACACGAUACAGGCUUCCAUGCAACCUGUUACAGCUAACGCGCGCGCGUUUUCAACACCAAGAGACAGUGACGCGCCACGCCUACUCAUCUAAUAUCACUACGCCGAAAGCUCAUUAUCUUUUCUCCGUUUCAAUUUUCACUUGGACUACGUUUCUUUGGGAUCAGACCACGCUCUGGAUCUGCAUUGACCACUACUGACGACCUAAUUUGAGUGACAGGAGUGUUUUGCCAAGGCGCGAAGUAAAGCGAUGACUCGUGCAACGGUGGACGAUGACGGAACCUGUGUAAUAGACGCCGUGCCUUCUCAUUGUGUGGCGUUUAUUAACAGGCAGCUUUAUGUUUAACGGACACGACGCUUUUAAUACGUAACGGGCGAUCUUCAUCAUCAACCCGGUUGGUGUCAUUUCUAAGCGGUCGACUAAACGGUUACUUUCCUGUUGAGUGUGAAGCAAGCACUCAUGAAGACGCAAUGCUUGUCUUCUUCAGUUUGCUGAUAAGGACACAGCAGGUGUAAGUGGAGUUGCGAGACCACGCCAUGGUCAAUAUGGUUUGCAGUGAGCAGAGUUCUGGCACGUCGGUGCCCAAAAAGGACACCCAAAGUCGCAAAAAGAGGAAGUCCCGUCCGCAGGGUCUGCCAUCUCCGGCCCUCUGCUGUGCAUGUGGAUUGUGCAUUAUGUUGGCAGGCAUUAACAUCACCUUAGUGGGCGCCUUCGCCUUUAGCACACUUGUGCCCUCAAGCAAUCCUCCAAUUAUCAUUGGACCUAUACUUCUGGUAGUGGCAUUCUCCUUUUUCGGGGCGUGUUGUAUCUGCAGUCGAUUGCCUCCUCCUCAGAGUUCUCGUCGGGCCAAGGGAGGUGGCGGUUUGGGGUUUAUGGGCCGAGGAGGAGGGGGGUUGGGUGGAGGUGCAGCAUUUGAGAUUGAGACCAGCGAGCACACGAUGCAAGACACUACAGCUGUGCAGCUGAGCCCCACCAACUCCCCCUGCUCCUCUCGUGCCUCCAGCCCAGAGAGAGAGGCUCCGGCCACUGCCGCCAAUGCAACCGUUCCUGCCCCAGAGUAUGUUCCUCCGAGAUCCUGCAAGCUCUUCACUAUGGAGGCCAAUGGACCCAACUCAACUUCGGCAGCCUUUUCUGCUUCUACAGGAGGUGGAGGGGCUGUCCGACUGACCUUACCAUCGGACUCUACUGGCACUUAAGCAUGCCAGUUUAAGUUGCUCUCUGGUAUUACAUUAUGUAAAUAUGUUUUCUGAUGAGAAGAGUUCAUUUGAUUAUCUCAGAUUGCCAUGGGGUGCAAUAACAUUGAAAUGGGUUGGGCUUAGGCUUUUGUGAAGGCCAUGGCAAAUGUAUCUUAAAAUUGACUGCGGUUUGAGAUAAGAAGAGGUUGUCUUGUGCUUACGCACUGAAAGAGGGACAGAUUUGAAGAGUGAAUCACUGUGGCGUGCUCCACAUAUUCAUACAGUGCCACUGUUACUCAGAGCAUUCACAGUUACUGCUCUCCAAAGAGACAGAAUCAGCUGUUGUGUAAAAAUGGCUUUGGAGAUGAGCCUAAGAAAUCGCAAUUGAGAGGGACAUUACACUGAGCAUUAAUGUGUUUCAGUCCAAAAACAUUUAUUGGCUAGAUGUUGUGUAUAUAUAUGUCUUGUUUAUCGUUUCAAUGCUAAAACACGUUUAGCAGCAAUCGCCUGUUUUUUUAUUUUUCAUGGCCAAGCGCUUUGGAUUUUGUUUUAUUUUUUGAAAGCUCAAAUAAGCCGUGACACUGUGUAAAAGCUCUGCCAAUUUCAAUUUUUUUCACAUGACUCUUGCAGAUGAGGUUGCUAAGCAGUGCCAUAGUUGUUUGACUUCAAUGAAGCACAGAAUAAAGCCAAUUCAAUUUCCACAUGAAAAUAACGCAUUAUGUUAUGAUUUGCCUCGCUGUGUGUGGCAAAAACACGGUUUUAACCUAUGAGCAUAUAAGCAUAUCUGAGUUUGUGUGCUGUAUUUGCAUUUGUAUUUGCAUUUUGUUUAUUGUUCCUGUAGCUCAACUGGUUGAGCAUAGCGCUUGCCAUGCAUAAUGUUGUGUGGGUUCAACUCCCAGGGAACAGACAUACUGAUAAAAUGUUGCUUUGGAUGAAAGCGUCUGCCAAUGAUUUGUUGAGAGUUGCGACAUUAAUGAGCUAACAGACAUUUAUCUCUAAAGAACCGGCAAGCCUUUAAUCUUUAUUUUACACUGUGGUUUGUUUUAUUAAGCUGCCAUGUAAACCAAUAUGUCUCUUAUCAUUUUCUUAUAAUUGCCAGUGGAUGUUUCACCCCAGUAUCUCUGUUUUGUUGUCUGCAUGAUGUAUUCUUGUGAUAAUAUUGUGUUCAAUAUUCUUACCCAAACUCUAUUUUUCUUUCUGUCUUUGAAUCUCCUUUACCCUUUUAAAGCAAGAGUCAGAAUUGUUCUCAAACAUGCCCUCCGUGUGACUUGUGCUGAUGGUUCAGGACAAACAGUGAAACAAUUUUCCUAAUGUUGAUUUUAUCAGAGAGGUCAGCUAACAGCAGCAGCCCCUACAAAAGUAGGACAUCAUCCAAUUGCAUUAUACUAUUGCAAAAACAAUUAAUUUUUGUCAAAGCAGCUGUUUAAAAAAAUCACUUCUGUUAUCAUUUUCAUCAUCUAAAAACUAGCAGUAAGGGCUUGAUAUGAUAUAGUUUAAUGAUGUAAUUCUGUAUUUAAUGUUUUCUUUUAUCAUUCUGUCACUGUUGUAAUUUCUUUCCUAAUCUGUACCUUUAUCUGUGUAAUGCAGUGUUGUAUAUUUAUUAUAUCUAAUGGCCAUAUGUGUGGCCAACACACAACAUGACCUGCAUGCUUACAAACAAUGCUCUGUUGCCACGGAAAAAAAGAUUUUAUUGUUUGUUACCCAUUCAAGUGAGCUUUCCAUGUACUGUAUGAAGUAAGUAGAGAUUUUGGACACGGACCCACUACCAGGGUCUUACCAUAAACAUUACAGUUAUUUUUACAUAAUGCUAAUUGACUGAUUAUAUCCAUGUCUGUUUGUAUGCUGCUAUUUGGCAUCUACAUCUAAAUUGAAUACUGCCUUAAUGACUGUGAUCUCAGGAUCAAACCUGUGAGGGCUACAAAAAUGUCCAGUGAGAACAUUCGGUCAUGUUGUAUUGUUGUACUUAUAAAGAUGUUGUACUGUUUAUUUAUUUUUGUUCUCUAUGAGUAUGUAAUUGUUUUUAAAUGGACAGAGGAGGAAUGAAGUUCAUGAUGAUAAGGUUUAAUAAAAACAUAAUUAUUGUU